AUGACGUGGAAGCGACCCGCUGGUGGCCCAAGGAGUGUGGAGAUCCUGGGAGCCCGUGCCAGACGGUCAUGGUACACAAGCGGCAGUCGUGAGACCACAGACCUUGAGAGGUCACAGUUUGUCUGGCACGGAACUGGAGAGACACUACUGACCAGUCUCCAGUACUGGACGCCAGGCAGAGACUACAACGAUUCCUCGGGGGUCAUUGUGUACACCUACAGCGCGGAUCAUGGCUACCGUUGGGAAGUUGAUGAACCAAGCAAUGAGAACGGCUACAUCUGUGAACUGCCGGAGGAGGAGGCAUACAGGAUUCUGCAGGACAACAGGGACUAUGAUUACGGACUCGAAAGGAUAGACCUGAAUCUUCUCGAGAGAGGGCCAUAUUUUGUGUCACAGCCUCAUAGCACCGUCAUUGUAGGGGAUCCCCCCAGCAUAGAAGUGGAAUGUGUGGCUUCGGGAAACCCCGAACCUAUUUAUAGCUGGAUGAAAGGCAAGGACUUUGACGUGAAGUUGACCCCUGAACUCGAUCCAAGGUACACGAUCACGAAUGGGAAGCUAAGAAUUGAGAAUCCGGUGAUACAGAAAGACAGCGGCCUGUAUAGGUGUCGGGUGGAGAACAAGUUUGGGGUCAUCGUGGGUCAUGUGAUAAGACUGACCUUUGGAGACAUCGGUGAGUUCUCGAACGUUCCUGACGCGCCUGUCAACGCCAAGGCCUACGAAGGAGCCGCCAUUGACUGUAGCAAGAUCUCCUACAAGCCGGCCCCCAAAGCGGACUGGGGCCCAGAGAUCCAGGACGAGUUUAUUGCCGUGUUCCCCAAGCCCCCGCUAGCUGGUCAGGACGUGCACUUGGAGUGCUUCGCCUACGGCACGUAAUCAACAAUGUCCUAGUCAUCAAAAAGCUGGACCCAGCCAAGCAUGACGGCAUGUACCAAUGUGAGGCCUCCAACAACCAGGGGACUUCACUCAGCGAGGGACAACUCAGGGUGCUCAAGUUCCCUCCAAAUUUCAACAAGUACCCGAUGAACCGCAACAUCCGAGCCUCAGCCAACGGUAACCUGACGCUCCACUGCAGACCGGAAGGGGCGCCACUUCCUGUCAUUAGGUGGUUCCUGAAUGGAGCAGAACUUCCGGUUUCAUCCAGCAAAGUUAUGCAGAUCUGAAACACGUGGACACUCUCGCAGAGGAGGACACGACCAACUCGGUCAAAGUGAGUGGUCUAAAUCCCGGAUGUGGGUAUCGUUUCCGGGUCAUCUCGGUCAACGCCUACGGUCGUAGUCCGCCCAGUCGGCCUUCCAGAUCCCUGUUGGAAUACCAACUGUCUUUUCCACAGAAAAAGCUGCUGGGUCGUCACGACCACCAUGUGGAACUUGUUGGGGUGGAGAACUACUAUCUGGAGUACGAGUUCAAAGUUCAAGCGUUCAACGACCUGGGCUAUGGGCCUAACUCCACUGUGGUCACUAUCAUGUCUGCUGAGGAUUUGCCUAUCGCCAUUCCGACCAAUGUCUAUGCGGACGGUUAUAACGGCUCGGCCAUGGAGGUCACGUGGACACCUGUACCGCAGACCAGGGAGUACGCCAAGGGAAAGAUUCUCGGCUACCAGGUCUUUGGCUUGUUGUUGUUAUUAUUAUUGUUGUUAGUGUUGUUUUUUGGCGCUCAUAUGACCUUAUGCAGUUGCGAGAUCCGUAAAACCCUCUACUCUAAUAAUAAAGUGUUGUUGUUGUUGUUGCUAGUGGUGGUCGUGGAAGUGGUGGUGAUGGGGGUGUGGUUGUGUAGAUCUAUCAACUACUGGCACGAAGAAGAAGUGGCAACAGACUACAAAGAAUUUAUCCGUCACGAGGGGCAGAUAGACAUGGGCAUCGUUAUCGGUCUAAAGAGCGACAACUUCUACUUCUUUACUAUACAGGUCUACAACUCUGCUGGCCUGGGGCCCAUCUCCGAGUACUUCUUUCAGGAGACAUUACACGCACCCGCAUUCAAAUACCCCGAAGAUGUCCGAGUGUCCUCUGCUGGAGGCCAUGCUGUGGAGGUGUGGUGGAGAGGGGUCCACAUCACACAGCCUGAAGCCAACGUGUACGGAUACGUGAUCUACUACUGGCCUGCCAAUGAACACUACCGCACGGCAUCCCACUUGAUUGUGUACAACCACCUCACCUACCACGCCCAGAUACACGUGGAUCCUGGCGUGGUGUAUGCCCUGAGAGUGUCUGCCUACAGUGUUGGGGGGUACGGAAAGAAGUCUCGCACCACAUAUUUCACCUUGGAGGGAAGAAACGUGCUCGUGGACUACAGACUAGCACAGACCGUGGAAGCUUUCAGAUCAGCGGCAAUUACGUCAUCGAUUUCUGUGUUGUCGUUAAUUGUAUGGCUCACGAUGUCUACUCCUUUUUCCCUCAUCGUCUCGUGACACACGACAUUUUAAAAAUAAAAUUUGACGGACUACCAAGCCUAGGAAAUAACCAAACGUUGGCAGAUAUUUUCUCUCUAAUUCUACCCCUGAAAUCAGGCGACCCUCAUCUCCUUCAACCGCAAAUAUCUCAACAUGAAAUUCUGGAUACAUGGUUUUCUUUUCGUUGAAAGCAAGGCAAGUGAACAAGCUUUAAGUUUAUACCAAUAAAUCCACAUGCCUCUAAAAUUGACGAGCGGCUGUUUCCACUGCGCUGUGACACAGUUGGGUGGAGGUGGAGAAGACCACCCAGAACAGAAACAGGUGGCAAACCCUUCUUGGCGAUCUAUACACAAUGCCGGCGUGAAAGAGGCUGGUGAUGAUCAAUAAUAAUAUUACUAUAAUUGUCAGAAUUGUUGUUGUUGUUGUUGUUGUUGUUGUUGUUGUUGUUGUUGUUGUUGUUGUUGUUGUUGUUGUUGUUGUCUUCGUCGUCGUUGUCGUUGACUAUAUCAUCAUGUUAUUUUGACAUGUACUAUCAUCAUUAUAGCCGUCAUUCUUCUUCUUUUUUUUGUUGUUAGUGUCAAACUUCCUUGUCGUUUCGUUGUUUUUUUUCGAAAGUAUAACGACGAUUAUUUCGUAGUAAAGUGCGCAUGCCUAUUAUAUUCAUGCACUGCACUUUUUGAAAAAUCGAGUCUUUUCCACAAUAUUAUACGUCUUGUAUUUUGAAAAUGUUGAGUUAUUACUUUUAUGACUUACUGUUUUGUAAUGUUUAAAAUAUUAUUACUUUUAAUGCUAAACGUUUACUUGUUACCAUUUUGGUUCUGUAAUUUUUAAAGUGUCAUUUCUUUUAUACAUUUACUUACUUUUUCCACUAUGUUUCUGUAAUGUAUAAACAUUUAUUAGCUUAUUCAGAAAAGAUGUGUGUAGACUAAAUUUGUCUUAUAAACUUUCAUUAAUGCAUGGAGAAAUAUUGUAGCUUAUACGACUUAUAUAUGUACUUUGUUUCGAAUUGCCAAUAAAAAUCAAAUUACAAUAUAGUA